AUGCGCCAGCUGGCAGCAGCCAUGACCUCAGAAGAUUCCUACGCUUACUACUACAGCCUUGCAGACCAACAGUAUCAGGUACACGUAUCCAGAGCAGAUAUCGAUGCAUUUUUGAGUCCUGGUCUCCUUGACAAGCCUCUUGGUUAUCUUCAUGAGACUCUCAAGCAGGCGGAGAAUCUCAAGAGCUUGAACAUAUUCAACGAUGGCUUUAAUGAUUCCUGGGGAAACUAUGCUGAUACACGCUUCUCCCUGCUUAUCAAGAGCCCAUUAGAACAACUGCAACACCUCACACUCCGUGGCUUUAAGAUAGAUAAGAAUGACUUAUUGACUCUCCUAGCUUCACUACCCAGUCUUCGCUCUCUUGAGCUGCGGUUCUCUACGUUCUCAUCUCCCUACUCCCUCCCCCCAUUACUUCUCGACAUGCGACAGAGGCUUGGUUGGGGUAAGCGACCCGUGGCGAUGAGACCAAAGGUCACAUUUGUCUGGGCUGGCCCAACGAGGCUAGAGGGCCAGAUCGUCAAGCAUGUUUCUUACGACCUUGUGGACAUUACCGAUAUAACUGAGCUAGAUGAGUUUGAGCCAGCUCAUGAGCGGCUAAACUUCAGUGGGAGAUCACAGCAGCAAAUCCGGAGAGCAGGAUGGCAAGCCAUCUACAAUGGGAAGGUGAAGAAUGGCCUAUCUAGCCUUGAAUGUACACAAGUACUAGAGAUCAGAGACCAGAGGAGAUCAGGAAACGCAAGCAUUGCGGAUUGCGAACACAUGUUUAUGAUACUUAGGUAG